AUGGCCAUGACCGACCUGGAGACCUCCAUGGCGACCCUGAUCGCAGUUUUUCGCAAGUAUUCGGAGAAAGAAGGAGACAAACACAAACUGAAGAAGAGCGAGCUGAAGGAGCUGCUGCACGACGAGCUGCCGGAUCUGAUGACGCACGUGAAGGACCAGGCCGAGCUGGACACCCUGAUGGAGAGUCUGGACACCGACGGCGACUCUGAGUGCAACUUCCAGGAGUUCAUGACUUUCGUCUCCCUGGUUACCGUCUGUUGCCACGAGUUUUUUUUCGAGCAUGAGGACGAGUAA